AUGACUUGUAAUGCAAUCUUCAAGUGCAAGGCCAUCGCCAUGAUGGCAUUCCUCUUCACGGGAUUAGCUGUGGGGGCUCCAAUGGAUACUCAUGAAAAUGCCACUUCUCAUGAUCUCAGCAACCCCAGCCAAUGGAACAAUACACAUAGCCCCCGCGCAGAACACACCCUUGGCGGCGAUCUAACCUGGUAUGACACCGGGGUUGGAGCAUGCGGCUGGUGGAAUAACGCGUGGGACUACGUGUGUGCCGUGUCUCAUUUUGUUUAUGACCGUGCGAAUGUAGACGGCAACCCCAACCACAAUCCACUUUGUGGCCGGUUGAUCCACAUCAAACGGGGCGACAGGGGUAUAGAUGUCACUCUGGUGGAUCGUUGCGAGGGAUGUGGGGAGUUUGACAUCGACGUUAGCCGUGGCGCUUUUGAGGCACUCGGUAACCUCGAUGAGGGCCGGGUACACACUGAGUGGUGGUGGAUAUAG